AUGGAAUCCCAGGCUCUAACUGGAAUCAAGAGCAAUGCGCCUCCGUCCAACGUCUCCGAUACCAUGGCGCGUUUAUCUGGAAAGGCGGGCGUGAAGGCAACCAUGAUGCUUGAUCGAUCUCUCAAUACGGUACUUCAGACUAGUGGAUCCUUCUCAUCCUUUCGCUCUCUCGAUAACAGUCGAAAUACUGCCUCUACAUCUGCGGAGAAUGGCGCUGUAAAGGAAGAAGGAGUGGAAGAGUUUGCAGCCAUGAUAUGGAAUUUCGUGAACUCAGCCGGCGGGCUUGUACAUGAUCUCGACGCAGAGGCUGACGGGCUUGAACAGGACGAUGUGAAACUCCUCCGACUCCGAACGAAGAAACAUGAACUGGUCAUUGUGCCGGAUGCAAAGUAUAUUUUCAUUGUGGUACACGAUACGCCUCCAGCAUAA